AUAGGAUACGACGAGCGUAAAGCAGAAAACGAUUUAUCGUAACAGAAGAACAAGAACAAGGACAAUAUACUUAUUAUAAGCAGCCGUAUAUUAUCGACUGCUAUUCAAAGGAAAAGGACAUUUUUUUAAAGUAUUUAUUUAUUUUUUAAAUUUAUUUUAAAUUCUUAAAACAAUAAUACUUUAGACCUGCUUUUUAAAGGUCGAACAAAGAAGAAAGGUUCAAACUACUCGUUUUGUGCUUUUUUGUCGUUUUUAAAGUAUACUAGUAUGGUCAUAAUGGAAGUGCCCAGCAUCGACUGCAACUCUUUCCGAAGCCUGCUGGAAGGGGACGGGCCGGGCUGCCUGGUGCUGGACUGCCGGUCAUUUUUCGCCUUCAAUACCGCUCACAUCCCCGGCUCCGCUAACGUGCGUUUCAGCACCAUCGUGCGGAGGAGAGCCAGAGGGGGGCUCGGGUUGGAGCACAUUGUUACCAAUGAAGAGACCCGCAACCGGCUCAUGGCGGGCGAGUACCAGGCGGUGGUGUUCCUGGACGAUAGAAGUUUGGAUUUUGAUCAGAUGAAGAAGGAGAGCACCCUGGCGCUGGCUGUCUGUGCCCUGUGCCGAGACCCCUGCGGGACGAGGGUGUUUUUGCUCAGAGGUGGAUUUGAGAUGUUUUCCUCUGAGUUUCCCGAGUUAUGUACCAAGCCUUCCCCUCCUCCAGGUCUAUGCCUGCCGCUAAGCGCCAGCUCCCAGCCCGGCAGCGCCGAGUCCGGUUGCACGCCCUGCGGGACACCGCUCUACGAUCAGGGUGGCCCGGUGGAAAUCCUGCCCUUCCUUUAUCUGGGCAGUGCCUACCACGCCUCCAGAAAGGACAUGCUGGAUGCUCUGGGGAUCACCUCCCUCAUCAAUGUCUCCGCCAACUGCCCCAAUCACUUCGAGAGCCAUUACCAGUACAAGAGCAUCCCAGUGGAGGACAACCACAAGGCAGACAUCAGCUCCUGGUUCAACGAAGCCAUUGAGUUUAUCGACUCUGUGAAGAACCAAGGAGGUCGUGUCCUUGUGCACUGCCAGGCUGGCAUCUCCCGCUCUGCUACCAUCUGCCUGGCGUACCUUAUGAGGACAAGGCGGGUGAAGCUGGACGAGGCCUUUGAGUUCGUCAAGCAGCGACGCAGCAUCAUCUCCCCCAACUUCAGCUUCAUGGGCCAGCUGCUGCAGUUCGAGUCCCAGAUCCUUGCGCCCUCCUCCUGCUCUGCCGAGGUGAGCAGUCCUGCCAGGGGGAAGACGGGCACAGUGUUCAACUUCCCAGUCCACCGAGCCGCCAGCCCACUCUCCUUCCUGCACAGCCCAAUCGCCACCUCCCCCAGCUGCUGAGCCAGACUGAUGGCUUACUGUACUUAUAAAGAUUUCUAACUGGGCAAUGUAAUCACGUGGCUCCGGAAGAUAGUCCAGUGUUGGAUCUAGCAGACCCUCUCCUGUGAGUCUGUGGUUUGAGAACUCCACCCACCCCCCGCCUCCAGUGGAUCACUCAUCUAGGGAGGUGGGUUUGAAUAUGGUUGGAGCUAAAGACCAAAAGUGGUUCCGCUAAGACAAAUGCAGAAAGGGAUAGGGGGUUAAGAGCCAAGAGUUGUAGAUUCUGUGCCUAAGCUGUGGGUUAAGAAGACUCUCUGAAUUCACACACUCCCUGUCCUCUGUUCUGUUUCGUAAAGCACUAAAACUGUUUCAAAGGACAGAAAAAAAAGACUGACACCCUCCCCCUCCCCCUCCCCAACUUCCUACCAAAGAAGUGCAAUAACCUGAAAUGACAGUAUUGUGUCUAUCCACCCUAUAGAGAGAAACAUUCAGGCAUUCUGGAAAGGCGCCUAAGAGGGCUGAUGUAAGGGACUCCAAGGAACUUUUGUCUUUUAGAGGAAGCCAGCUGUGAAUCCAGAACUUGGAUAAGUCCCAGUAUCUGAGUGAUAAUUGCUGCUUCUUUGUUAAGCUAGCACAUUGUAGUAUCUCUGUUUUUAAAUCCAAUUGUGUUUUUAUUUAUUUUUUUAUUAUCAUGUAGUUUUUUUUGUCGCAAACCAGGUUUUAACCCAUUAAUUGUAAUUCCAAGUGACUAUGUAGGCAGAUCUAGGUUAAAAUAUAAUGCAUACUGCUGUCCCUUUCCAAGUGGUCAUCCCGCAUUUCUGAUGUGCUUUGUAUUAUUAUUAUGAAUCAUUCACUUCAGACGGUUCACGUGACUGUAACCUGCAGCUCCGGACCCUACCCUGAGCUGAAGGAUGUAUUUUAAAGCUCUCGUCACACGCCUCUCUGAAUGUUCCGAUCACAGGACCAGCAAGCCCUGUUGAGACCGUCCCAUUUAAAAAAAUAAUAAAAAUACAAUGUAAUACAGCGAGUUGCCUUCAAAGCAACUCUCAUCUUUCCAAUAUUUCUGUCUGCAGGAAAAAUUAAAAUACCUCUGUUACCCGGUACUGUGUUACAGCUCUCUGACCAACCCCCCCCCCAAAAGCA